AUGUUUGAAGAGCAGCCUGAAGUGAAAGAAGUCACCGAGAACGAUCGUUUCGAAAUUGUUCUCAAAAAUGUUCGAGUCGAUUCUGUAACCGAAGCAGCAAUUCUGUCACAAAAGCGAGUUUUCGAAAGAACUCCACAGCUAAAUUUGUUGUCUAUCACAGGAUGCAACCUACAGAACCUAUCUUCUUCAAUAAAGUUAUGCUCCCGUCUUAUUUCACUGGUUUUGCCUCAAAACGAGCUCAAACAGAUCCCCGACGUUCUCGACUGUUUUCCGAGGCUACGGUUCAUCGAUCUCUCGCAUAAUUCAUUGGAUGCUCUUCCAUCAACACUUCAAUCCUGCGAGCAUAUAGAAUCACUUAUUCUGAACAACAAUUCGCUGACAGAAAAAAGUUUUCCUAAUUUGUCGAAUCUCUUGAACCUGCACGUCUUCGAUGCUGCUAAUAAUAAUCUGUCAAAGCUUCCGGAAUCCUUGAUGUCUCCGAAACUUUCCAAACUGCAUACUGUUAUUGUAUCGCAUAACGUCAUUGAAGAAGUUCCGAACAGUUUGAGCAACUUGAAACAGUUGAGAGAUUUCAAAAUCGAUGACAAUAAACUGAAAAAUGUCCCGACAGUAAUUGACCUCCUUCCAAAGUUGAAGCUUCUGGAUAUUUCGAAAAAUUCAUUCUCGGACAGCCGUUUUCAAAAAUUAGCUAACGACAAGCGUGCAAAGCUGAACGCAAUCGUUUCUUUGGCUAAAAAAGUUGGCAAAUCAGUUGAAAAUGAGACGGAGAACGAGGGUUCGAUAGAAAACACUGUGGAGGAUGUCUCGAAGAAAAAUUCAUCUCUCGUUGUUCGAACAGGAAUCGAAAAUUUAACUGUUCGAAGGCAUAUCAGUGUAUCGGAAAUCAGACCAUAUCUAGUCUGUUGUGUUUUCAAUAACAUUGAUUUGAAUGGUGACUCUUUCAAAAAGUUUAUUGCACUCCAAACCAAAUUGCAUGCUUCACCGUUGUGUGAAAACCGAACACUUUCUGCAAUUGGAACUCAUCGUCUGGAGUCGUUCCAUCUUCCGUUAUGUUACAUGGCUCUACCAAAAGAAGAUAUUCAUAUUCGUGCACUCAACAAGAAGUCUAGUGUUAGCGCAUCGGAUUUGUUGGACAGUCUUCUCCGUGACGCGGAACUAGCCAGAAAAAGAAGCAAAAGAAGUACAAUUGAUCCAUUGCAUAAAUACUUGCACCUGGUAAAAGACGAAAGUGCCCUGGCCUGCCUAGUCGACUCCCAGCAAAUUGUUGUCAGCUUGCCACCUAUAACGAACUCGGACAGCACUAAACUCACUGUCGAAACUAAAAGUGUAUGGGUUGAAGUUUCAUCAAAACAGUCAUUGGAAGCCUGUAAGAAAACAAUGGACGAGUUGGUUGUUUCAAGCUGCUCUAUAUUUCCAUCUCUAUCCAUCGACCAAGUUCGGGUUGUCGAUAACGAUGCUCUCGUAUCAGUGUAUCCCGAUAAAAAUGAUCUCCCCGGUAUUUCGCUGAAUCGCGUACCUCAAUGA